AUGAUAAUCGACGCGUUUCUGUGGAUUUCUUUACUCUCGCUACUAACCUCGACCGUCUCUCUUCCUAUCCCAUAUGAAUCCAAUGCUCAGCGACUUGCGCGCGGACUUCCCCCGUUGCCUCCAGUAUUUAAACGAACACUCCCCGGAUAUACACCCCAAUGGAACCCCACCCCAGUGUACAAGGGCCGACGGGCUGCUGCUCCGAGCCCUUCUCCAUCUCUCCCACUUGUACCGAGCCUCGAAGGGCGACUAGAAGUUCGAGGCGUAGACGAUAAACGGGUCGGAUUCAUAGGCCGUCCUUCUGCAUCAGAGCCAGUUGGAGGGAUCAAUACAGGUGCCGGUGAAGACCUACACGUGGAGUUCACACCGAAGUCAACUCCCUUCGACAUCAUUGCCACGAACGAAGGCCUUCUUCCAAAUUUCUUGGGAGCAGACGGCGCGGAGGAUAUCGAUGUCGAUUUGUCUAGCUCCAUAGAACUGUCUAACGUCGACCAAGGGACCCAAUCGUCGGUGUGGCUUUUUGAUAGCGCAACUCAAGAACUUACAGCACAAGUCACCAAUUCCGAUGGUUCAACCCCCGAGACAAGUAUCGGUUACAGCAGCGCCGUCAACAAGCUCUUUUUCUUGGGUGACCUCGACGCUUACAAUGCCGAAAAUACCGAAGUCCCGGCGUCUAAAGUGCGGCUUUUCCUGGUUUGA